CAAAUCCGACAGUCAUUGUAGAUUAGCCAUUUGUGUACGGACGUUAGAACUCAAUGUGCAUAAAUAAAAAGAAAAGAUACACAUAAGUUUUAUAUUUUAAGAUAUCCGAUCUUGUAAAUUUUUUAGCUGUUGUCACGAAUUGUGUAAAAAGUAUUGAGAUGAUUCUUCGAGCAAGUAUUUUUAUCGCCUUUUUGAUUUUAACGAUCGAGGCAAAAAAAUACAAUCAUAACGGCGAUAAGUAUCGACACUGGCAAGAAUUCGAAGAAUUUCUCGAAUGGAAGAAAAUGAAAGAACAGAAAGAAAUAGAAGGGAAAUGGUCGAUCGAUUUUACUGAUAAUUCAUCGGAUUCAAUGAAAAAAUAUGGAAAAGAAGAUAGACGAUCACAAGAUCCACCUCCGGUUGAAGAUGCUGUUUUAAUGGCAAGAUAUAUUGUUAAUCAAGCUGAUUGGACUUCUGUGGCGACUAUAAGUACACGACAAGAGAUUGAAACAUUUCCAACAGUUAAUUUAAUUUCCUUUUCUGAUGGUCCAUUAGGUAAUGGAUCUGGAAUACCUUAUCUUUAUCUCACACCUUUGGACUUCACAUCACAAGAUCUAACUAAAGAUAAUCGAGCUACUCUUUUUAUGACUUUAGCCCAAGAAAAUUAUUGUAGAGAAAAAAUAUGGGAUCCAAUGGAUCCACGCUGUGCAAGGGUCAUACUUACUGGAAAGAUAAAAGCAAUAAAAAAUGAUAGUCCUGAGAUGGAAUUAGCUAAAAGUGCUGUGUUUGGACGUCAUCCUGCUUUGGAAAACAUGCCUGCAGAUCACCAUUUCUAUUUUGCCAAAUUGAAAAUGAUAUCUAUCGCAGUUUUGGAUACAUUUGGUGGUCCAAAAUAUGUCAGUGUAAAGGAUUACUUACAUCCACCAACACCAAAUGUCACUGAAGAAUUCUAUAAACGUAUUCGUAAACAGCAACAAGAUUAUGCGAGUGAUUCUCAAGAGGCAUAUAAUAUGAAACCAAUGACAAAUUUUUUAAAUCCAAUUGUCCGUAAUAUUUAAAUAUUACGGACAAUUACUAACUAAGCAAAGUCAAUUUAUAUAUUCACAGUAAAUUUCAUUGUAUUUAUACUUUUUGAAAUACUUGUAUCACAUUUUUUAUAAUGUUUACACAUGUAAUGAUUACUAUACUAUGGACUGUGAUACAAAUUGAUAAUACCUAAUGUAAAUAUUUAAUAGAAUAAUAUUUUUGAUUCUUUAUCAAAUACAUAAAUUGAACUAUUUUCUCAAAAAUUCAAAAUAGUUAUAAAAUUAUUUUAUAUAUGUUAAAAUACAUUAAAAUCUAUUUACAAUUAAAGAAUACUAUCUAAUUAUUUUUAAAUGGAAUGAAAAUAAGUAGCAUUUAUUGGAUACAUUUUUUAAUAUAAUAUACAGUUAAUGAAAUAGAUAAAAAUAUAUUAUCUUUAAUAUAAGACAAUUCUUGAAAAUAUGUUGAUUCAGACAAAUGCAAUGAACUUGAUAUUAGUGCUAUUUUAAUAUUCAGUAAAUCCAGCAGCAUUAUCAUCAUUUGUCACAGUUUUUGUCUUACAACUUUUUGGAGUCGCUAUUCUAAUCGUAAAAAUAUCAUAUACGAUUUUUGUACAUUGAUAUAUCCAGCAAAUAUUUGAAUAACAAGAUAGUAAUUUUUUUGACAUUUGUCAAAUACUAGUAAUAUAUUAACACUUUCAUCAACCCUAGAUAUAUCGAAUUUCUGAUGGAUUAUGAUGGAUAUGAAAAAAUUCAAAUCAAACUCUUCGAUCAUAUAAACUUAUAGAUAAACACUUCUUAAAAAUUACUUUUAUAACAACGCUACAUUAUUUUUAGUCCAGUAAGAAAAAUAAAUCGAUAAGAGAAUAUUAGUAAAUAGACUUGAAAAUCAAAUCGAAUAAAAUUUGAUCUUUACCAUUUAACAAUACAUAAUAUGAAACAAUUAUUCAAAUAAAUUUUAUUUAUGUAUAAAAGAA